CGCAACAGAGAGAGCUCAUCCAAUCACACGCCUUGCGAUACAAACACAAACCCCAACGACUCUCUUCGACCACUUCAUCUGCAUCUCGACUUUUUCCGAACAACCCUCUCCACCUUCAUCUCGCAACACAACACAUCGAAUAUACCCCAAGCAAACGAUGUCCCACGAAGUCAAACCCAUGCGAUCUCACGCCGACGCCGAGACCUCGACCGUCGUCAACGGCUCUCACUCGCCCAACGGACACCACGACUACAACAGCGGACAUGGAGGGAGCGUGGCUAGGUUCAUCACCCCUGGGGGGAACCCGAUCGAUAACACCCAGCCGGCUUUCCCAGUCUACCACCGCCGCUUCGCAAACCCCUCCCCCCUAGGCCUAAUGGGCUUCGCAACAACCACCUUCGUCCUAUCCAUGUACAACGUCUCAGCCCGAGGAGUCUCUACCCCGAACGUAGUCCUUGGACUAGCGAUAGGGUACGGGGGGUUGGUACAGCUACUAGCCGGGAUGUGGGAGUUUGCGGUGGGGAAUACGUUUGGGGCGACGGCGUUUAGUAGUUAUGGAGGCUUUUGGAUCUCGUUUGGGUUCCUUUACAUCCCCCAAUUCCAAAUCGUAGAAGCUUACGAGGGCACCGGCAAUUUCGCGGACGCCGUGGGGAUCUACUUGGCAGCUUGGUUCAUCGUCACUUUUAUCUUCUUCGUAGCCUCCCUCCGAUCCUCAAUCGCCCUCUCCUCCCUCUUCUUCUUCCUGGACAUUACCUUCCUCCUCCUCUUCGUCGCCGAGUUCACAGGCUCUGGGUCCGUUCACACGGCAGGAGGGGCGUUUGGGAUCAUCACGGCUUUCAUCGCGUACUACAUUGCGUUGGCGGGCAUGUUGACGAAGGAUACGAGCCACUUUACGCUGCCUAUUGGGGAUUUGAGUAGGGCUAGUACGCCGAAGAGCAGUCAGUAAAAGUGUAGAGACGAUACGGGGAGAUCGCUGGGAGUUCGGGAUGGAGGGGUCAGUCAUCGCCUCGAUCCCGGGCCUCUUGGCGAUCCGCCGCCGCCCGAGUGUAACUCGGGAUGAGGGGCCGAACGUCGGAGAGACACCCCAACACUGGACGGGUCUUUGGAACGUUAUUUCCGAAUGUUCUGGUGUGCAUUUUAUUUUGUCUAGCAGAGUGAGAAUGGAACUUGUCAAUUGUUUUUCGGAUGUAAUACGUAAAUACGAUGAUAGCCGGAAUGAGUAUCGAAACCUAUAAUGCAAUG